AUGAAGCUCGGCUCUUUGUGUGGAGCGGCGGACUCGGUAGCUCCCCAGCCAUUGUCCUUCCAGCGUCAAGCGUCAGCCUGCCUAGGCGCCCUGCGCAGCUGCCCUGCGCACGGCGUCAAGGCAGUUUGCGGAAAACGCAAUAAGAUGGAGGACAUGUAUGCGGUGCAGCCGAACUUCUGUGACAUUCCGCUCGCCAGCGACACACUGCACUUCUUCGGCGUGUAUGACGGCCACGGGGGUUGCCAGGCCGCGGAGCACUGCGCGAAGCGUCUACACCAUCAUUUGUCCAGGUCCAUUGCCACAGCGUGCGGAUACUCGAUUGCGGACGGUAACCAGCUAAUGCAGGCGCCAGAGGCAGAUGGCAGCCAGGUAGACUGGUCGAUUAGCAGUUCGUUGAUGCAAUCUGCCUUUGUUAAGACGGACGCGGAGUUUGCGAACGACGGCUGCGCCGCAAUGGUCGGCAGCACCGCGCUCGUCGCGCUGGUCGGCACGCGCAAAGUCUGGCUGGCGAAUUGCGGUGAUUCCCGAGCGGUGCUGUGCCGGGCAGGAAAGGCCAUCCAGCUCACGGACGACCACAAGCCUGAGCGGGAGGACGAGGCGGAGCGCGUGGAGAAGGCUGGUGGCCAGGUGCUCUACUGGAAUGGCCACCGAGUGAUGGGAGUGCUGGCCAUGUCGCGUGCGAUUGGGGAUCAUGGGCUGCGACCUUACAUCAUUCCAGAGCCGGAGGUCUCGGUUGUUUGCCGCACUGAGGACGACGACUUCCUCCUGCUAGCCAGCGACGGCCUCUGGGAUGUCAUGGCGAACCAGGAAGCGACCAACUUGUGCAUCCGCUGCAUCAAGCGAGCACGUGAGAAGGGCGCUUCUCGUAACGCGGCUGUUCGCAUCGCGGCAUCUGUUCUGACUAAGGCCGCUAUAGACCGGGGCAGCAAGGACAAUGUCACUGUGGUGAUUGUGGACUUGCGCAACGACCGACCUGGCGCCGGUGGUGCCGCAGCGCCAGCACCGAGCGAUGUGGGUGGUGUCGUAGACGCGGCGCCGGGCAGGGCCAAUUCGGCCAACGGCGUCGGGGGCGCUGUUACUGCGCCAGCGCCGGGGGCUAUCCCGGAGCGGAUGUGCACAGGAUGGGUUGAGGGAUGA